AUGAAAAUCGAAAAGCUAUGUCUCUGUGUGGAGAUUAUGGAGAACAAGGAUGACGAAAUGAAUCGGAAUGACAGAGCAAGAGAGACGAGUAAAACAUUUUUCAGUUUUAGCUCAGAAGCAGAAGUUUCAGAUGUUGAAUCCAAAGACAAAAACUACAGUGGGAGUUAUGAUGGUUGCAGUUUGGAGAAGGAACGCAACGACAAUGAGAAUGGCUACUCAAUCAUAGUGGAAGGAGAAAAUCCCAAAGUAGGCGGAGAAGAUGGAGUAGGUGAAGAAAACAAGGAGAAUUAUGCAUUCGAAAGCCGAUUUGAUAUGUUCGAAGACUCCGACGGUGCGUCAUCUGAAGAUGAUAACUUCAGCUCAUAUGGUGAGUCUCCAACACAAGACGAAGAUUCACCGACGUUACCUCCCAAGAAGAGAUAUCAAAACUUGUCGAUGAGCGGAAGUAAAGGGAAUUUGGAGGUUCUAAGGUUGGAGAUGUCGUCGCUAAACCUUGCGGUAGGGAAACGAUACGAGAAUCAUACAUGUUCUGUAACUGAGCGUUCUAAUCGAUCUCGACAAGCAACAUCAGAUAUUUUAGGAGAGUUACACAAGUACUUUCUCGGUGACGUUGGUCCAUCCGUUCGCCCUACGAGUGUCGGAAUAGCUAUCACUAAGCAGUUUGGUGUAAAGAUGGAUUAUUGGAAAUCACAUCGGACACUGAAAUUUGCAAGGGAAAUCGAUGAGGGAACACCUGAGAGUGGGUUUGAAAACUUGCCUUCUUACUUAUACAUGAUAAGAAGGAAAAAUCCGGGUACAAUUACGCGUCUUCAAAUUGAUGAGUUUGGAAGAUUCAUUUAUGUAUUUCUUGCGUUUGGUGCGAGCGUAAAUGGGUUUCCUUUCAUGCGCAAAGUUGUGGUUGUCGACGGUAUGUUUCUUAAUGGUAAAUACAAAGGGACGCUUCUCACAACACUAGCUCAAGAUGGUAACUUUCAAAUUUUUCCAAUAGCCUUCGCCGUGGUUGACACUGAAAAUGAUGACUCGUGGCAUUGGUUUUUUACGCAACUACAACUUUUGAUUCUUGACGACGAGGGUCUUGCGAUAAUCUCGGAUAGGCAUAACUCGAUAGGGAAAGCAAUUGGAAAUGUGUAUCCGUUUGCUUCCCGGAGAAUUUGUACCUACCAUUUAUAUAAGAACACUAGGUAA